AUGUCCACGCCUAAGAGACACGUCAAGACUCAAUCGUCGUACGCCUUUGAAAGCAACACGUCCAAUGUUGCAGCGUCGCAGAUGCGGAACGCGCUGAACAAGCUCGUUGAUUCUGUGAGAGAUGAGGGUCGUCACGAGAGAUUCGAGGGUGAGAUGGACUCCUUUUUCGCUCUUUUCAGAAGGUACCUCGUCGAGAAGUCGCAGGCCAAUAACGUGCUCGAUUGGGACAAGAUCAAGUCGCCAGGUGCUGACGAGGUCGUCAGCUAUAAAGUGCUGGAGAACGGUGCGGACUCGAACUUGGCCAAGCUUGCUGUUUUGAAAUUGAACGGUGGGCUGGGCACAUCCAUGGGCUGUGUGGGCCCCAAAUCCGUCAUUGAGGUCAGAGACGGGAACACUUUCUUGGACCUUUCCGUGCGUCAGAUCGAGUACUUGAACAGGACCUACGACUCUGAUGUGCCCCUUCUGUUGAUGAACUCCUUCAACACGGACAAGGACACGGCACACCUCAUCAAGAAGUACUCCUCGAACAGAAUUCGUGUUAGAUCCUUCAACCAGUCGAGGUUCCCUCGUGUCUACAGGGAUUCCCUGUUGCCUGUGCCAACGCACUUUGAUGACGCAGUCGAUGCUUGGUACCCUCCUGGACACGGUGACUUGUUUGAGGCACUGCACGCCUCGGGGGAAUUGGACGCGUUGAUAGCACAGGGUAGAGAGGUCCUGUUUGUCUCUAACGGUGACAACUUGGGGGCCACUGUCGACUUGAAGAUCCUCAACCACAUGCUAGAGACCGGCGCAGAAUACAUCAUGGAACUGACAGACAAGACUAGAGCGGACGUCAAAGGUGGUACUCUCAUCAACUACGACGGACAGGUCCGUCUGCUUGAGGUCGCUCAAGUGCCCAAGGAACACAUCGAUGAGUUCAAAAACAUCAGGAAAUUCACAAACUUCAACACCAAUAACUUGUGGAUUAACUUGAAAGCUGUCAAGAGAGUCAUUGAAACGGGCAGCUUGGAGAUGGAAAUCAUCCCCAACCAAAAGACCAUCACGAGAGACGGACACGAAAUUAACGUCCUUCAACUGGAAACCGCAUGCGGUGCAGCAAUCAGAUACUUCCAGGGCGCCCAUGGUGUCGUCGUCCCCAGAUCGAGAUUCUUACCGGUCAAGACCUGCUCAGACUUGCUCAUGGUCAAAUCGGAUCUGUUCCACUUGCAACACGGUGCCCUCGUCCUCGACGCAGAAAGGUUUGGACCAAACCCAUUGAUCAAAUUGGGCUCGCACUUCAAGAAAGUAUCAGACUUCUCAGCUAGAAUCCCUCACAUCCCAAAGAUCCUGGAACUGGACCACUUGACCAUCACGGGGAACGUCUUCCUGGGCAAAGGUGUCACUCUCCGGGGUACUGUGAUCAUCGUGUGCUCCGACGGCCAAAAGAUCGACAUCCCUAACGGGUCCAUCCUGGAAAACGUAGUGAUCACAGGUAACUUGCAAAUCUUGGAGCACUGA